UGUUAAUCGCCCGACUUCGGGCGACGAAAAGACGGUUCAAAGGAAAUAGUACUGUUUUUCGGCCGGAAUUUUUUGAAAAAAUGGGUGCUAUGUGGACAAAAAAGUACUUUACAUCACCAGAUACAAUGCCUACUGCAUUGGAACCGCCGACUUUUGACCCAACAAUGGGAUUUUCAAAUGGCAGAAGGGAAAGAGUUAUGAUAGCUACGGAGCAAGAAAUGAGGGCCAAUAAGGUGCCACCAGAACAUCGAGAUUAUUGUGCUCAUUUGUAUUUAGAGCUUGAGGGAUGUCGAGCCCGUGAGCUUCCAUGGAUUACCAGAUGUGUUGAUGUAAAAGAUAAAUUGCAGGAAUGCCUCGUGGACGAUUGGAUUUUACGAAUGAAGGAAUAUGAAAGAGAACGGCGUCUCUUAGAAAGGAAGAAGAGGCGACAACUGAAGGAAGAGCAAGCUGCAGCUGCUUGAACUUGUUUCUUUGUAGAUACAUGCUACGAUUGUUAUUCGCAUCUUAGGAAUCGUAAGAAUAUUUUACGUCUAUUGUAUAUAAAUUAUAAAUAAAAUGUCGAUAAUCUCAUAACGACA